ACGAUCCGCCGGGCGAGGUUCCGAGCCAAACGGUUCCGCGAAUUCGCCGCAAUCCCGAAGUAGGCGCUGUUGCGUUCGGAAGUGUCCGAGGACCUCUCUCUCGCGGCUGAUCAUCGAUUUUUCUUUGGCCCAGCGAAAGAAAAUCGCUUUCCCUCAUCCACUCCCCAGCGUGUGUGCGAGUGUGUGCUCUUGCUAUUGCUGCAGCCUGCUGGGUUCACGGUGUGUGGUUUGCGUGGUUAGCGGAACCAGAAUUUCGCGAAACAAAAGGCCCAAAGAAAAUCGCAUCAGCAGUGUGCGUCGCGCGCGCUUGGCCUUCUCUUUUUUGCUUUUCCCCCGCCCAGUGUCCUCAGUUUCUUCCACGUGUUUCGGCUGAUUCCGCUUUAACGGCCACCGUUGUCGUCGCGAAGAUUGUUCUAGACCAAAAUCACACACAUCGGGUUGCGUGCGUGGUGUGCGCGCGAGCGAGUGUGUGUCUCUCAACGAGAGGAGCAGCAGAAGAUCCUUGCAGGCACCGCCAACCAUCACGCUAGAGCCAGCGGCUAUCUUUUGGCCGGUGCGAUUUUCACGAAACCGUGUGUGAAAGUGUCCUGGAAGCUAGAAAAUCCCGAGCACCGCCGAUCUGUUGCUGCCUGAAUCGGAGCUGAAAAAUGGCCGAAACGGAGGACAUAAGUAGUAGUAGUUGUAGCGGCAGUAGUAGCAACAAUAGUAGCACCAGUGGCAGCAGAGAGGACAUGCACUUCUUCGAGGGCGUGGAGAAGCUGCUGGAGAUCUGGUUCGAACCGAAUCCGGCCGACCAGAGUGCCGAUCUGCGGAAAAUUCCCAGACCGAUGUGGGAUGCGCUGCUGAAGCGGGUGCGGUGUGAAAUCAUCAGCUUCACCAGGAACGAGCAGAUCGAUGCUUACGUGCUAAGCGAAAGCAGCAUGUUCGUGUCGAAGCGCCGCUGGAUCCUGAAGACUUGCGGUACGACGACACCGCUGGAGUGCUUCGAGCCGUUGCUGCGCCUGGCGUACGAGAUCGCUGGAUACAACGAGAUCGAGGAUCUGUUCUAUUCGCGCAAAAACUACAAGCGCCCGGAGCUGCAGAUUUCUCCGCAUCGCGGGUUCGAGGAAGAGGUUGGCUUCCUCGAUCGCUACUUUGACGAUGGGCGCGCCUACAGCCUGGGUGCGAUCAACCGCGACUGCUGGCAUCUGUACACGAUGAGCCGCGGGGGAGGGGGCUCUGAUGUUCUGAAACGCAACAGCCACAUUCAUCUGCUGUACCAGAACGGGCAGCAGGAGCUGCCGUACGAGCUGAUGGAGCAGCCGGCCGAGCAGCUGCAGGAAGCUGAGCUGCAAAUGCUGGAAUCCGACAUGAUGAUGCAGCCGCUGCCAGACCCUGACCAGACGAUCGAGAUCCUCAUGACGGAGCUCGAUCCGAAGGUGAUGGCCAUCUUCACGAAGGAAGAGUGCAGCACGGCCAACGAGGCUACUGAGAAAUCGGGAAUACAUCUUCUCAUUCCUGGCAUGGUCAUCGAUGAUUAUCUCUUUGACCCGUGUGGCUAUUCCAUGAAUGGCAUUUCGAAGAGCUGCGGCAAAAAGUAUAAGGAGGGAUGCUACAUGACCAUCCACAUUACUCCGGAGCCGCAGUUUUCGUACGUGAGCUUCGAGAGCAACAUCGCGUCCUCGGCGUACGCCGGGCUGAUUUCGCGCGUCAUUCGCACCUUCCAACCAGGGAAGUUUAUUGUUACCGUAUUCGCUAACCAGACAUCACCGGCCGCUAAUGCGAACCGUGAGAUCGAGAAUCUCGGCACGAUCGAUCAGUGGAAGCGUCGCGAUAUUCAAUAUUCUCGUGUGUCGGGCUACGACCUUACGUACGCCCAGUACUGCAAAUACCCUAGCUGAGGUUUACCGUGCCCGGCUCCUGUGUUAGGAGCUUCCCCUCUUUCCCUUUCCUUCACUCCCGCUUCCUUACCCCGCGCGACGUCUGAUGCGUUCUCUGACGAUCACGCUCUUCCCUUUCCCCAUCUUCUCCUUCAUACCGGUGAUCCCCCGGAGAAGAAGAAGCUAGCUCAGCAACAACUUCCACUGCAGUUGCCGCAGCAGCUAGGCCACGCUAAACGGGCACCGAGUGCGGUCACUCCUUCCACUACUGCUGAAGCGAGUGCUAAUAUUACCGCUACUACUUCCUCCACGUCAUCCAACGCAUUACCCUUGAUUGUGGCGUUCGUGCAGCUUUGCUUUAACAUCAUUCUGCCCAUGACCAUGACCUCCGGGAAUGCUGGCACUGGUACUACGAGCAGCUCGGAUGACAAAGAAGAAGCUUACUGUAAGCGUACCCGACAAGCAAACUUGAUCACCACGGGCAGCGAAAUGGAGCGUUCGGUUUCCCACGCAGCGGACACAGAAGAGCUCCCAUCUAGCGAUGCGAUGCAGUGCGAAUCCUGCGAAUGGAUGCAACCAACGGCACAGCAGUUCCUCGAUGCUCCAGCAAACAAUACCGCCGAUUACGACGAACAACAGCA